AUGUCGCCCGCCGCCUCCGUAUCCUCCUCGGCCAUCGUCGCCGACGCGGCGAGCGGUUACCACCACCUCAAGAUCGAGGGCUACUCGAGCCUCACGGCCCUUCCCAACGGCCAACGAGUCAGCUCCUGCCAUUUCACCAUCGGCGGCCACCGCUGGAGAAUCGACUGCUACCCCAACGGCAACGGCCAGGACAGCGCCGGCCACGUAUCCAUCUUCCUCUUCCUCGACGAGGAUGUGGCGGCGGGGAAGGGCCAAGGCCACGCUAGCGCCGCAGUCAUCACCGGCCGGACGCAGCUUCUCUGGCAGGGGAUGCCAAGGUUUGCCAAGUGGGAAGCCUUGGAGCAAUCGAGGCACCUCAGGCACGAUUCGUUCAACAUCAGGUGCGACGUCACCUUCGUCAACGGGUACAAGGUCCGCAAUGCCGAGAAACCUGCUCCGGAUGCCGUCCUGGUGCCACCGUCCAACCUGAAACACCUCGGCGAUCUGCUCCACACCGGAAAGGGUGCUGAUGUGGUGUUCGAGGUUGGCGACGAGACGUUCGCGGCGCACCGGCGCGUGCUCGCUGCCCGGUCUCCGGUCUUCAGCGCAGAGCUCUUUGGAGCCAUGAAGGAGAGCAGCACCAAUGAUCUGGUCCGCAUACAUGGCAUGGAGGCACAGGUGUUCAAGGCUAUGCUCUGUUUUGUGUACACUGACUCGUUGCCAGAGAUGAAGAAAGAAGAGGAAGGUGCCAUGUACCAGCAUCUUCUUGUCGCUGCGGACACGUAUAACCUGGAGAGGCUGAAGCUCAUCUGUGAAGACAAGCUGUGCAAAUACAUCGAUGUCUGUACCGUGGCGAACAUCUUGGCACUAGCUGAAGCUCACCACUGCAAUGUGCUGAAGAAUGCAUGCUUCGGUUUUCUUGGCCGUAAGGCAAAUCUGAUGGCGGUCAUGGCCAGUGAUGGCUUCGAGCAUCUAAACGCAAGCUACCCCUCUGUUGUCAAGGAGUUGUCCGCCAUGCACUCGCUUACUUAG